AAGUCGGGUAGAUAGGUACCCAGGUAAAUACGUUGCGCACUUUUUUCUUUUCUUUUCUUUCUUUUUUUUUCUUCUUUCCUUUUUUUUACAUCUCCAAUCCCCAACGUCGUCGCCGCAUCAUAUCCGUCUACACGCCGAAACUAGUGAAACCUUUCUCGUUUAUCUUUUCCCUGCCUCCCCGCCAUGUCGUCCAGCCGGGAGAUGCGCGCGGCGCUCUCCGCGGAAGAGCAGAAACGUCGCGAUGCCGUCUUCGAGGCCAUGAUGGACGAGACAGGCUACGAAAAGGCCUUUCUCGAAAGCUUCUUCAAGAGGAGCGAAGGGAAAGUCGCUGGCUAUCUGGCCAGCCAGGGCUUCCUGCCGACGCUGUCCGCCAACUACUUUUCCUGGUCCGUCGAGAGACACCUUUGGGCGGUAAUCGGUAAGCGCGUUUCGCUUCCUAGCAGAUGUAGUACUGACGAGAGAGCCUCUAGUCGGCAACAGCAACAAGGACUCUAGCUGCCCAAAGUUCCCCUUCGCCGCAGCCCCCAACAAGUAUGGUCCUCCGUAUAGCGAGGUCUUCAUAUCUCACCUCGCCGAAAAGGACGCCGAGUCGGAGAUAUCCGGUAGGCUCCGCGAGCUCGAGCACAUCGCCCUCGGACAGCCGAGCGGCGAGAAGCGAGAGACGCCUGCCGGGCUCAAGCGCCACCCCGAGUUCCUCAAGGGGCUUUGGAAGAAGAUGUUCGGCGUGCGCGAGUACGAGAAGGGUUGCGACGAGCCCUUCGUCGUCCGAUUCCUCUGCAACGACGGCGUGAAUUACUUUCACGAGUGCAUCGCUCGCGACCCCGACGAAACUAAUACCGUCGCGCAGCGUGCCGCCUUCCUCCUCGGCGGUCGGGAGGUCGCCUUGAUCGUCAUUAUCAACGACGAGAAGCAAGUUUGCCUCGCCCUCGACUUCGACGAGACGGCCGAGAAGGAGAAUCCUGCGGUCCAGUACCGCUUCCAAAGCGCCUGGCUUGACCUCCUCCGCCUGAACGUUCAGUGGCUAAGUGGCAAGAACGUGAACAUCCUCUCCUACCUCGCCGAGCUCAACACCAACCGCCUCGGAGCUGGAUUCAUGCACAUCGCGGCGGAGACGGAGAAGGAGUUCGAGGCGCGUCAGAAUCGUACGAAGAAUAGCGUGCGAGAGGCGCGCGAGCUCCGCCCCGACGAUCCCGAGCGGGCUAUCGUCCUACUACGCUUCCAAACCCGCCAGGUCCGCGCCGUCGCCAAGCGCGAAGCUUCCAUGAUAGCGCCUAUCGGGGUAUCUACUGCCAACUUCGAGGCCAGCUUUGCCGGAAUUGUCGGCCUCGUCCGAGACGAGCGCUUCUGCUGCAUCCCCAAGUACGAGCUGAUGGCCAUGGUCGAGACUCAGGCCGCCAACCUCGUCUCGCUCCACGUCAAGAUGAGCCUAGAUCGUUCCGAAAGCCCGCGCGAGUUCGAGGAUUUCCUCGACGACUUUGUUGUCGAUCCCGACUGGGAUGACAUCAUGUCUCCUCACGGGAGAGUCGACGUUUGCGAGUCCACACUCGCCGAGAUCGACGAGAUUUGCCCCCUAGUGAAGGCUUGGGCGGCCAAGACGAGAGCUCGCACAGCCGCUAAGCUGCGCGAAGGCGAUAUCGUCGAGGAAUGAGCCGGGUGUCCCUUACCGAGUUGAGUGGAUAGGAGUUGUAGUUGGUCUGGGAAUCGAGUAGGUAGCACCGUAGUGUGAUUCCAAUAUCCCGUAAGGAAAGAUUAAAUUACGUCUUUGUCCAUAGGUGACUGCUCUCCCAUGUUAUGAUUAGUCUUAAACCGACUACUCUGGCUUCAAGCCACUAAAUUGAGGUUAUCGUCCUUAGUUACGACUCUGGAGCCGAAUCCAUAAUAAGAACAGCGAGUUCGAUGGGUUAGGUUGGGUCAGGCCAAAUAACCGUAAAGACUUGACCUUGUCCGAGUCAGGUUAAAUAUAUUGAAAAAUGAGGCUUACCUGGCCGUAUCGUGGGACUGACCUCCUUAGC